CGGACACUCCUGCUUUUGAGGGUUAGAGCCACUGCCACACCCACUGCUACCGUCCGCAGCCGUAGACGCCGGCCAGUGAUAGACGACCGGGCCGAUCCGAUGUGGAUUGUGGAUCCUAUCACGGCGCUGUAUGCGAUCGGCCUUGUACUUGCCCCAUGUCCUGCUCACCGCGGCUGUCCAUUCAAGCCUGCAGUCGCCGUCAAUAUCACUUUUGCAUCAACAGGCACAGCCUGCCGAGCUGGAACCCGCAGCCAACCCUGAACAUAGUGUCCCGGUCGAUGGCCGUGGCCAUACGUGUCCAUGUUCAUGCCCAUGUUCGUGGCCGCCUCCGUCGUGUUGUCCUGCCGUACUCAUGCAACGGCCCUGCAUCCAUCCCAAGGCUGCAUUGGCUUUUCCCGGCGCCAUUCUGCCGCCGCAUCUCGAUAACGGUGGUUUGCAUGGCGGCGUGCCGCACCGACAAAGCACCCGGCAGAAUCCAAGAGCCCCCACCGUCGUGCACCGGAGACGGCCGUUCGUCUUUCGGGUGCGGAAGCGUUCUCUUUCCCGGGACAAUACCCACAGCCGUAUGAAAGUGUCGGCGACCCAUGAGCGGGGUCCAGCGAGCCCAAGGGACCGCCAACAACACAAGACUACCAGCUUGCGACCCAACCGUCCUGUCGAGACCCUUCGGAGCAUGGCCCUUGGCCCCGCCUUGCCCUGGCACCCGCCGCCUGGCGUCGCUCGAAUCCGGGCCGCCGAUGGCAUCUUUGGCUCGGCCUCCACUGCUCCCGCCGACACAGGGCUGGAAUGCAGGACAGCCACUUUCCUCGCCGGCCUUCCUCGCCGGCCUUCCUCGCCGGCCUUCCUUUCGUCUCCAUCCAUCGCUUGCAGGCUCCCUCGCUCAUCGCAAGCCCGUUGCUCCCUCCUCUCUGACAUUGCUUGAGACCCAUCCCUGCCCCUAACACCUCCCCGGGGCAUAAUUAGGCAGCGCGAGCCACCUCAGUCUGCUCGGGGCUGAUUUCUUGCCGCCUGCAUACCGUCUAUCUGAAUCUAUCUGU